AAGUGAAGAUCUAGCUACCUAGCUAGCUUAUAUAGUGUGAGCGUUGGUGGGAGAAAUUGAAAUAACAUAUGUAUAGUAAUCAAUUAGUUAAGGAGAUCGAAGAGCUAGCAUGGCUAGGGGCAAGAUUGUGAUUAGGAGGAUUGAGAAGAUGAGCAGCAGACAGGUCACCUUCUCCAAGCGGCGUCAUGGCCUGAUGAAGAAGGCACAUGAGCUGGCAAUCCUCUGUGAUGUCCAGGUCGGUGUCAUCGUCUUCUCCUCCACCGGUCGCCUCUACGAGUAUGCCAGCUCCACCACCACCACCACCAUGGGCAUGCCUUCCAUCAUUCAUAAGUACCAAUCUGCACAGGAGAACCACCAGCUGUUGAAUCCAGUGUCACAAAUCAUGUUUUGGGAAGGUGAAGUACGGAAAUUACAGCAGGAAAUGCAGAUACUUCAAGAUCAUCAUCGGAAGCUAAUGGGGGAGAGAUUAUCAAACCUAGGAGUCAACGACUUGUGUUUAUUGGAAAAUCAACUAGAGAAGAGCUUACGUUGUAUUAGAGAGAAGAAGGAACAAAGUUUUGCCAACUAUAUUGUACAACUCAAUGAAAAGGGAUAUAUCUUCCAUCAAGAGAAUUUUCAACUCUCUGAGGAAACAAAGCUUAUACAUGAACAAAACUUGGAAUUAAAGAACAAGCUAUAUGCAUUGAAUGGAUCUACUACGGGUGCAACAUGUUAUCAUCCAAGGCAGAGUAUAUAUGAAAAGUAUUAAGGUGCAUUGCUGGCUGCUGCCAAUUAUAUUUCAAGUAUUUUCAACCUGGCAGCCUCUUCUGGUUGUUGAGUUAAUAGUGUCAUACGUGAGCUGGAUGUGCGUACGUGUGUGUGUGCGCGACUGUGCUUGUGUAAAUAAAAGCUAGCUUCAAAAUGCUUUCACGAAGAAUCUGAAGUAUUUUUCAAGUGCUAACUGAAUGGAAAAAAAUAAAGAUGCUUGAAUUUAGCUUGAAAUAAAAAAGCAGCAGGGAGAAUCAGUGGCUCCAGCUUUGUCCA